AUGAAGCUCAACAUUGUCCCUUUGGCACUCCUGUCGGGCGUCUCCGCUCAAGGAUUGGCCACCAAGCCACAGAUGGGUUGGAAUUCGUGGAACAGCUUCAAGGCCAUCAUCAAUGAAAGCAUCAUUGAAUCCACUGCCAACACCAUUGUCAAAUCUGGGUUGGCUUCCUUGGGCUACAAUUACGUUCUCAUGGAUGCUGGAUGGCAAACUCUUGAGCGAGACAAGGAAGGCCGCCAGCAGGUCAAUCUGACCAGGUUUCCUGGUGGCAUCAAACCCGUUUCCGAUUACAUCCACAAGUUGGGUCUGAAGGUUGGCAUCUACAGUGACGCCGGGAUCUACGGUUGCGACUUUGCACCUGGAAGCUACGGCUACGAGGAGCUUGACGCCUCUCAGUACGCCGAAUGGGGAAUCGAUUACCUCAAGUACGACAAUUGUGGAGGCUUUCAAGCCAACACGCUGUCAGUCCAGGAAAGGUUCCUUCGCAUGUCACACGCGUUGAAGGACACGGGCCGUGACAUCUUCUACUCCUUAUGCGAGUGGGGUCACCAGUUCCCAUGGUUCUGGGCCGAUCAGCUCAGUGACUCUUAUCGCAUGUCUGGUGACAUCCACAGCGAGUACAAGAAAGAUAACAGCAAUGGCUGCGCAACAGCCUACUGCCUGAAUACGGGCUAUGCAGGCGUUAGCGUCUUGACGAUGAUCCGUAAGAUGCGUGAGAUCUCCAGGUUUCAGAAACCAGGAUCCUGGGCGGACAUGGACAUGCUCGAAGUUGGUGUUGGAAACAUGACAAGGCACCAGGAAGAGACACACUUUUCGUUCUGGGCGGCCCUGAAAUCUCCUCUCAUUAUUGGUGCCGACGUCAAUAACAUUCGGGAAUCGUCACUUGAGGUCCUGAAGAACAAGGAGAUCAUCGCCUUGAAUCAAGAUAAACUGGGCGUUGCUGUCAACUACAUUCCGAGUCUAUCACGAGAAGGCAAGUAUCAAGUGUGGGCUGGACCUUUGAAAUCGGGCAAGUCUCGACAUGUUAUCCUGGUGCAGAACUAUGGCGCAGAUCCACUGGAUAUCUCGUUGCCGGUUAAGCAAGUGCCGGGUUUGAAUGAAGGGCAUCGUCAGCUAGUCAUUCGUGACGUGUGGGCGAAGAAGAGCCUUGGGAAACUGGGCGCUGCUAUAGCAUUGAAGGGCAUCGAGGUGGAUCAGGUCAAGGUUUUGGUGCUGUCUGAAAAGUAG